AUGGCAACGAUACACCACCACCUGGACAACGUAAGCGGUGAGCAAAAAACAUUGGCCCGGACGCUGAAGCAGAGUUUCUACGUGGAUGACCUGCUCGUAGGAGCCGACAGUUUUGACGAAGGCUUAGACGUGUACGAGAAGGCAAAGUCGAUUUUGGAAGGCGCUGCGAUGAACCUUCGGAAGUGGAAGACAAACAACGCUCAACUCCAGGAAGUGUUCUCGAAAAGCGAAGAGUGCCUGGAAGGAUUGGACAAUACUUCAGCAACGAUUCUAGGGAUGCACUGGAACACCGAAGAUGAUUACUUGGCAUGUUCUUCAAAGUCUGUCACGCAGUUCCUGCUUUCGGUCAAAGAGGACUCAAAGCGGACCAUCUUAAGAACAGCUUCCAGAAUAUUCGAUCCUCUCGGUAUUCUUUCGCCUUUCACGAUAAUAGCGAAGAUCUUAUUUCAGAAGUUAUGGCUGUUACGGAUACCGUGGGAUUCCAAGUUACCCAUGGAAAUCGAGAAGGCGUGGAAAGAAUGGUGUACUGAAGUUGCUCAGUUACACCUUAUUAAGAUACCGCGCUACGUCAUGAGUCAUCCGAAAGAAGAUAUCACCAUGACGCAAGUCCAUAUCUUCGUGGAUGCUAGUCCAAGGGCCUAUGGAGCAUGCGCGUACCUUAGAACGGUGGACCGCAAUGGCAGUUGUGGUACGAAGAUUGUCGUGGCUAAGUCUCGCGUGGCACCCAUAAAAGCCUUGACCAUGCCAAAGUUGGAACUAAUGAGUGCAGUUGUUGGAUCAAGGCUACUAAAAUACCUUAGGAAGUCACGGGACACGGUUCAGUUCUCACAUAUAAUGUGGGCGGACUCGACAAUUGUUCUGAGCUGGAUACGGGCACAGCAAGAUAAACUCAGCCCCUUCGUGAGAAACAGAGUGGCCGAGAUAGCCGACUGCACCGACAAAGGGCAAUGGCGUUAUUGUCCUGGGGAGCAGAACCCAGCUGAUUAUCUGACACGGGGAUUAUCAGCGGCAGUGCUUCGGGAAAGCGUCAACUGA